AUGACUGGAACUGUCCUCGAGCCCAAGGCAAAUGCAUCCGACCUUUCGGACUCGUCUGCAACCGCUGACACAUAUGGUGAGUCCAAGCCUUCUGCGCACGUCUUCAAUGAGCAGACCAACUAUGUGCCAAAGAGGACCAUCAUCACGAUAUUUCUGGCCUGUUCCACGGUCGACCUCAUAGCCUUGAUGGAUCAAACUACCCUAGCCGCCAGUUUGUCUAUCAUUGGCAAUGCUUUGCACGCCAGUGACCAGACUUCGUGGAUAUCUGGCGGUUACUUUGUUACAUCGACCUGCUUUCAGCUUUUGUAUGGUCGACUCUCCGACGUCUGGUCACGCAAACUGGUCCUCUUUGUCGGUCUGGGUAUCUUCUUUUUCGGAUCCUUGGCCGCCUCGCUGGCUCAAACCGCAACCCAGCUCAUCAUCUUCCGAGCCUUCACCGGUGUCGGCGGUGGUGGCCUCAUGACCGUCGCGCAGAUGAUUGUCAGCGACGUAGUUCCGCUGCGUGAAAGAGGCAAAUACCAAGGGAUUCUUGGUGCGGUGGUCGCUAUCGCCAACGGUAUCGGUCCGGUAAUUGGAGGUGCCCUGGCCUCAAUCAACGAAGAUUCGUGGCGGUGGAUCUUCCGUCUCAACCUUCCCCUCACUGCAAUUACUACCCUGAGCGUGCUCUUCUUUAUGCCACUGCGCAAGGUCACCGGUGAUUGGAAGGUCAAGCUGAAGGCGAUUGACUUCUUUGGCGUCGUUCUCGCCCUCGGUGGCACCGCCGUGCUGCUGCUCGGUUUGACCUGGGGCGGAGGCGAAUAUCCCUGGCAGUCGACAUAUGUAAUCGCGACUCUUGUUGUGGGCUUUGCCAUUUGCGUUGCAUUUGUCCUUUGGCAGUGGAAAGGCACAUCAGUGCCCCUGGUGCCAAUGCGGAUCUUCACUUCGCGAAUUGUCAAUGGCGCGUGUCUCACCAUGUUCGUGAACGGGUGGAACUUUCUUGUUCAGGUCUACUACAUACCGACUUUUUAUCAAUUGGUCUUCGAGUACUCCACUGUAAAGGCGGGUGCAAUGCUCCUACCUAUCACUCUAAUGCAAACCGUUAGCAGUACAGUCUCAGGUCUCGUGGUCCACUGGGUAGGCCGAUAUAGAGAAUGCAUACUCUUUGGCUGGAUGAUCUGGGCCGUUGGGUUAGGCCUCUUCUCCACCUUGGACAAAUCUUCUGGGCUGGGGAAGCAGAUUGGAUAUGGUAUAUUGACCGGCGUGGGAGUGGGAAAUACCUUGCAACCUGCCCUCAUAGCAGUACAGGCUGGGGUUGACCGACGAGAAAUGGCCGUUGUCACUUCUUUCCGAAACUUCAUCCGAAACCUGGGCGGUACGCUUGGCCUCGCUAUUGCCGGGACAAUCAUAAACAACCUCAUUUCCUCCGCAGUGUCUUCUCUGGGUCUAAGUGACUCCGAAAAACGGUCGUUCCUGUCGAGCCCCCAGAACUAUCUGUCCCAGCUCCCUGCCAAGGAAGCCGAUCAUGCUCGCUCCCUAUUGAUACCGGCGUAUCAAAAAGGAUUUCGCAUUAUAUUCAUUAUCGGUGCGGCUUUAUCAGCACUGGCCUUCGCCUUGGCCGCUUGGUUAAUGCCCCAAGUGUCGUUGAAUCGGGAUGAUGACGAGAAACUGAAACAAGAAGGAAGAGAUAGAAUUAAGGGAGAGAGCUCAGACGAAGAGAAGAGAAACUGA